AUGGGUGAUCUGGGUGACGCGGGUGAUCUGGGUGACGCGGGUGAUCUGCGUGAUGCGGGUGAUCUGCGUGAUGCGGGUGAUCUGGGUGACGCGGGUGAUCUGGGUGACGUGGGUGAUCUGGGUGACACGGGUGAUAUGGGUGACGCGAGUGAUCUGCGUGACGGUGACGCGGGUGAUCUGGGUGACGCGGGUGAUCUGGGUGACACGGGUGAUAUGGGUGAUGCGGGUGAUCUGUGUGACGCGGGUGAUAAGGGGGACGCGGGUGAUCUGGGUGAUGCGGGUGAUCUGGGUGAUGCGGGUGAUAUGGGUGAUCUGGGUGAUGCGGGUGAUAUGGGUGAUCUGGGUGAUGCGGGUGAUCUGGGUGAUGCGGGUGAUCUGGGUGACGCGGGUGAUCUGGGUGACGUGGGUGAUCUGGGUGACACGGGUGAUAUGGGUGACGCGGGUGAUCUGGCUGAUCUGGGUGACGGGGGUGACGCGGGUGAUCUGGGUUAUCUGGGUGACGCGGGUGAUCUGGGUGACGUGGGUGAUAAGGGGGAUGCGGGUGAUCUGGGUGAUGCGGGUGAUAUGGGUGAUCUGGGUGAUGCGGGUGAUCUGGGUGACGCGGGUGAUCUGGGUGACGUGGGUGAUCUGGGUAACGUGAGUGAUCUGCGUGACGUGUGUGAUGUGGGUGACGCGGGUGAUCUGGGUGACACGGGUGAUCUGGGUGACGCGGGUGAUCUGGGUGACAUGGGUGAUAUGGGUGACGCGGGUGAUCUGGGUAACGUGAGUGAUCUGCGUGAUGCGGGUGAUCUGGGUGACGCGGGUGAUCUGGGUGACGUGGGUGAUCUGGGUGACACGGGUGAUAUGGGUGACGCGAGUGAUCUGCGUGACGUGUGUGAUGUGGGUGACGUGUGUGAUGUGGGUGACGCGGGUGAUCUGGGUGACACGGGUGAUCUGGGUGACGCGGGUGAUCUGGGUGACACGGGUGAUAUGGGUGAUGCGGGUGAUCUGGGUAACGUUAGUGAUGUGCGUGAUGCAGCUGAUCUGGGUGACGGGGGUGACGCGGGUGAUCUGGGUUAUCUGGGUGAUGCGGGUGAUCUGUGUGACGCGGGUGAUAAGGGGGACGCGGGUGAUCUGGGUGAUCUGGGUGAUGCGGGUGAUCUGGGUGAUGCGGGUGAUCUGGGUGAUGCGGGUGAUCUGUGUGACGCGGGUGAUAAGGGUGACGCGGGUGAUCUGGGUGAUGCGGGUGAUCUGGGUGAUGCGGGUGAUAUGGGUGAUGCGGGUGAUAUGGGUGAUGCGGGUGAUCUGGGUGAUGCGGGGUGA